CUUGAAUCUCUUUCUUUGUACACACAAUACAUCUACACAUGCAGUUACUGUGUGUGAGCUUUUUCUGAUUUGUUCUUCAAUCGAUUGGGUGAAAACACCAUUUCCCUCCAAACAUGCCCUCAUUUUCGUAAACCAAAUUCGCAACACUGCAGAAAAUGGCGGCGUCUUCCACUGGAUUUGUGUCUAAAGCAAGGACUGCCUUCCAUUCUGCCGCUGCCAAGGCCGAGAAAGUCUUCACCGAUAUUAAAAAAUCCGAUUCUUCCACCGAUCUAGAGGAGCUCGGUAAACAGUCGCCGAUUUCUGAGAAAGACGAUUCUCCUAGCGGUGUGAUCGUUACAAAGGAAAAGAAUGCAAGGUGGAGACCUGAGCCAAUUAAAACGAAGCAGGAUUGGCAGGAUAAAUUUAAAAACAUAAGGUUUGGGAAAAAGGGAGUUCCAGAACCUGAUAAAUCCGAUGAUACAUCAAUAUCUGUUCCAAUAUUCGAUGAAAAUAUGUUCCUACCAAGUUUGAGUCCUAUGUCAAAGGAGCCAGAAGUCGGUUUGUUGGGUUCAGACGAUUCAAAUAUUGAUAUCAUACCAUCAGCUUCUGUGCUUAGACAAUUGGCAAUAGGUGUUGAGACGACCAGAAUGGUGAGGACAAUGAAAGAUCUUCUGAUGUCAUCAAGAGAUUCUUCACCUGUGAGGGAGAAAGCUGGUUUAAACUUCUCCACAGUGAAAUCAUUAGUACUGAGGGAUAAGGAAGAUAAGAUUGAUAUGGAGUUUGGUACUGAUGAGAAAGUCAAAGUUGUGUCACUUAUCAGUUCACUACUUGGUGCAGAAGGGCAUCUUUCUGGAAGGAAGAGUACGCCUAAAUUGGAGACAAAUCCAACAAUUAUAUCUUUGCUUAAAGACCUUCAUGCUGCCCCUCCUGACAGCUUUGUUGUAGAGCUUGCUGAAGCCAUUGGAUGCUUGAAAACUCUAAGGAAAAUGGCAUCUUUUUGGUACAGGGUUGUUGCAGAAUUGAGAAGACUAUGGUGUGAUGGACAGCAUAUUCCUGGCAUCCCAGUUGACAAAAUUCCAGAUUUGAACUGCUGUCUGCUGUAUCAACAGUUACAGGUCAUCAAUUGCUGUAUCUCAAGAAAAAAAAGACGUGCAAUUGCCACGUCAUCAUCAGUAGAGUCUGUAAUGAUGUAUGCUAAAGUUGGAUCUGGGGAAUCUGUGGUUCGAUUAGGAGCUGAAAAAGAAUGCGAGAAUUUAACACUGUUGGAAACCGGUGAACCUGUGUAUGCCCCUGUCAUGCAGGAAGAGCCAUUGCUCACAGAGGAUCUUGUCAAGGAAACAGAGGAGUUUAUAUUACGUACAGGGAGUGUUGGAGCAGGGUGCUCUCAACUGCUUUCAGACAUGCAAGCUUUCAAGGCUGCAAAUCCGGGGUGCAUAUUGGAAGAUUUUGUUAGAUGGCACUCACCCCCUGAUUGGGAGCCAGCUGGAGAUGUUGAAAGAAAAGAAGAUGAUUCUGAUUCGUCUUCUAGAGGACACUUGAGUAUGCGUAUGCAGAAAGAAGGGAAUUUGUGGAGAGAGAUAUGGGAAACUGCAAAACCGGUGCCAGCUGUCAAACAGUCUCCGUUGUAUGAUGAAGAUUUGUCUGUGGAAGGCAUUUUGCAUGGGCUAGAGGAUCUGUCGCCUUCAGAUUUGUUUGAACAACUAUAUGUUUGUGUUGUGUGUUCUGGUUGUGCAAUUGCUGAGGCGAGAAUCAUGAGCAAUGAAUAUUUGUACAAGAUGUUCCUGGAGUGCAAAGAUUACAUUGUGGCCUCUUGUCAGGCCAAAAAUUGGUUUGAGAAACUUGAUGAUAUAUGUCAGGUGUAUGAGACGGUGGUAAUGAUGGUAUUAAGCCCAGAUGAGUUCAUAAGACUCACAAAGAAUCAGCAAACUGAAGACACUCCUGCCUCCUCCGGUGAACUAAAAGCUCGAUUUAAAAGGCUAAGCUUUGUGUUUGGCAACAAGGACAAGAGCAAUAAUAAUAAUAAUACUAAUAAUAAUGGGAAAACACCCCCUAAAAAUACAGAAGAAAACCACAACCACCCACUACGCCAAUCAAUCACAUCAAUUUUUUCAAAGAAACCACCCAAACCAGGGGGUGCAUCUCCAGUUACUUCAAUUCAAAACGAUUGGAUAGAUGUAUAA